AUGGGCGACUCUAAGAUGGUCCUUGGUGGUGUCCUCGGCUAUGCUUUGAACACUUUCGCGUAUAAUAUCUGCGCUGUUAAUGUUACUAACUCUGCCUCUGCUAUCCACACCACUAUGCUUGAUUCUACUAGGACUAUUUUUAUCUGGCUCUGUUCUGUUAUAAUGUACUAUAUGAGUGAUGAUCACUCGUUCGGUGAGCCGUUAACUCCGUACUCGCUCAUACAGCUCGCCGGCUUCGUCCUACUCGUCUAUGGUGUGCUUGUCUACGACAAUAUCGUGCGUCUCCCGUUCGGCCUGGCUGGCACUGAGAAGGUUAAUCCGUCUCGGGCUCCCAUGUCGAUGUCGAUGUCUGCUGGUACUCCUCUCGAGCGAAAGCCAUUCGUUAUGGACGACUCAGCCAACUCAAUUUUAUCGUCUAUGUCGAAUAGUGCUCGUCCUCGUCGUGUUACCGUGAAGACUGAUGUUCAUGAGCCGUUACUCAAUAAUGCUGAUACACGGGUGUAA